AUGUGGACCAAUAUCAGUUCUGCCCCCUUUUUGUUGACUGGCUUCCCAGGUCUAGAGGUUUUUCAUCAAUGGAUCUCCAUCCCCUUCUUUGUAGUCUACUUCUCUGUGCUUCUAGGCAAUGGUACGCUUCUCUAUCUCAUUAAAGAUGACCACAGUCUCCAUGAACCCAUGUACUACUUUUUAGCCAUGCUGGCAAGUGCAGACCUCAUGGUGACACUGACCACCAUGCCUACUGUCAUGGGCGUAUUGUGGAUGAAUUACAGGAAGAUAAAUCACACAUCAUGCUUCUUGCAGGCCUAUUUUAUCCACUCUCUUUCCAUUAUAGAAUCAGGCAUCUUACUGGCAAUGGCCUAUGACCGUUUUAUUGCUAUACGGAAUCCUUUGAGAUACACAUCUAUUCUCACGAGUACGUGGUUGGUAAAGAUAGGUGUGGGUGUAUUUAUGAGGGGGUUUGUCUCCAUCAUGCCUGUAAUCAUUCGCCUUUUCUCCUUCUCAUAUUGCCGCUCUCAUAUUCUCUCCCAUGCUUUCUGUCUUCACCAAGAAGUCAUGAAACUGGCUUGUGCUGAUAUCACCUUCAACAGGAUCUACCCUGUAGUUCUCGUCUCUCUAACAGUCUUUCUAGAUGUUCUGAUAAUUCUCUUCUCCUAUAUUCUAAUUCUUAAAACUGUCAUGGGCAUCGCCUCUGGUGAAGAGCGAGCCAAGGCCCUCAAUACCUGUAUUUCCCACAUUGGUUGUGUUCUUAUCUUCUAUGUUACAGUGAUUGGUCUGUCAUUUAUUCACCGGUUUGGGAGGAAUGUGCCACAUGUAGUUCACAUUAUAAUGAGCUAUGUCUACUUCCUCUUCCCUCCCUUAAUGAACCCUAUCAUCUAUAGCAUCAAGACCAAGCAAAUUCAAAAUGGUAUUAUCCGCCUUUUGUCCAAACACAGAUUUAGCAGUUAA